AAUCUCGCAACCACGUGCUCUUCCUUUUCCGGGCUGACUUUGGCCUAAGUUCAACGUGAAUUUGAGCCUCUUCGCCAUUUCCUAGCCUCUAUCAUGGGUCGUGUGAUUCGCGCCCAGCGCAAAGGAGCGGGCUCCAUCUUCAAGUCCCACAGCAAGCACCGCAAGGGAGCACCCCGUCUCCGACCCGUCGACUACUCGGAGCGUAAUGGCUACAUCAAGGGCGUCGUGAAGGAGAUUCUCCACGAUCCCGGUCGAGGCGCGCCCUUAGCCGUGGUCCACUUCCGCGAUCCGUACCGCUACAAGACCAAGAAGGAGCUGUUCGUGGCCGUGGAGGGUAUGCACACCGGGCAAUUCGUCUACUGCGGCAAACGCUCGCAUCUGACCAUCGGCAACGUGAUGCCCAUCGGGAUGAUGCCUGAAGGCUCGAUCGUGUCCAACUUGGAGGAGAAGACCGGGGAUCGCGGCAAGAUGGCCCGUUGCUCGGGCAACUUCGCCGUGGUGAUCGGGCACAAUGUCGACACGCACCGAACGCGCGUCAAGCUGCCCUCGGGUUUGAAGAAGGUCAUCCCUUCAGCCAAUAGGGCUAUGGUGGGUAUUGUGGCCGGUGGUGGGCGUAUUGACAAGCCCAUGCUCAAGGCCGGUCGGGCCUAUCACAAGUACAAGGCCAAGCGCAACAGCUGGCCUAAGGUGCGUGGUGUGGCCAUGAACCCCGUGGAGCAUCCUCAUGGUGGUGGUAAUCAUCAACAUAUUGGUAAGGCUUCCACCGUGAAGCGCGGCACGAGCGCCGGUCGCAAGGUCGGUCUGAUCGCCGCCCGAAGGACCGGUCGAAUCCGCGGAGGCAAGAAGUCCGUGGACAAGGAAUAAGACGGACGGCGGUCACCCUACCGAUCCUGAUUUAUGCCCGCUGCCCGAUUGUCACGCCAGAAAAGAGGAUGAUACGAUCGAAAUACAAGCUUAUUCUGGUUUUGUUCCCAUGCGAA